UAGGGAAAAUCUUUAAAAAUCUUCUUCUCAAAAACCACUGUGCCCGAAAAUUUACAUUUACAUGAAAGCUUCCUGACAUAGUGCAGAUUUUGGUUUGUAAAAAUCAUGCCCCCCAAGGGUAGGUAAGGGAUCACAAAUAGGAUAAAAGUUUUGCAUGUGAAUAUAUUAGUUAAAAUCUUUAAAUAUGGGCCAAGGUGACUCAGGUAAGCAAUGUGGCCUAUGUGCCAUUUGCUAUCAUUUGAAAGACUUCUUUAAGUUUUCUAAUCAGUGUAAAAAGCAGAAAGUUAGACAAGCUAAUGUCGCAUAUUUAUCAAUAUGACAUUUGAGAACGCAUCUUGUUUUAUAUUUUUGAUGAAAAUUAGAAUUUAACUUACAUAUUCAGAACUAGAUUUUCAUAUUUUUAUUGUAUAUUUCAAUGCCCGUGGGACUAGUGAUAAUUUAACUGAUGCUCAGGUUACCGAUUAAGGCCCGUGGGCCUCUUGUUUUGUUUGCUUUGUUAUUGAUAGCGUAAUUUCAAGAACAUACUAAUAAGUUAGAUGCUUUUCGGGUAAAAGCACUAGGCUAGUUACCGUGCUUGUUUGAUCUUUUAAAUUUGAAGUAAUAAAUCAAUUAAUAACGAUCUUGUGUACAUUAAUGUCGCCGCACGAUAAGUGCUCCUACUUUCAUUUUUGGUGUGGGUUGCUAAGUUACGUGUCAACUUUCGGUGGCGCUAAUAAACAAGAUGGCCGACGGAAAUAACAGCAUGAGGUGAGAUCCAAAAAUUACAGAAAUGGGGAAUGCUCAGAGUGAAGAAGAUCGCCUUUUCUUCUUCGAACAAUGCAGCGAGCAACCCUUGAUCAAAAAACGUUACCGAAAACUCCCCGAGGAUCUACCAGAGGGACUCAAAUUUGCACAUCUACACCCCAAAGUUGCAGCUCUUUAUGCUCAGAAGGAGCGGGAGAGUCAGCGAGCUGCGGAGAAGGAUCCUUUUGGAGAUGGGCUCGGAAGUAAAAGUUUAUUGCCAAAUAUCAAUCAAGCAGUGACACAUAUCAAGAACCGGCUUGAUAGUGCAUUGUCAAACGACGAAGACUCCCAAAGAUUUUUAUUUGAAGAUACGAAGGCUUCGGCGGCUUCUAUACUGCAGCAGUUGUCUAAGUACCUGUAUUUUUAUGAAGGAAUAGCUAGUCAUGUGCCUAAGAGUUUAGAAUACCAGCUUAUGAGUAGUUGGAAAGAAUUAACCAAUGACGUUAUCAUUGUGCCACGAGAAUGGCAGACAACGGAAAUCCGUGACCAGUAUUAUAAUUCUAUACGAGAAGCUCAUAGUGACGAUGAUAGUGACAAUGAAAUUAAAAUGGGAAAGUCGUCAGAAAAACUGGACUCCAAGAGCAAAGCUAAACGACAGCAUAAGAUGCCUAUACCUGAUAUUAUUGAGGAUGAAUUUCGUCCAGAUAAGCCUGCAAAUAGACGCUCAGAGAGCAGAAUGUCCACAGUGUCGAUUUCCAGGGGGAGGUUGGAUGUCAAGGGAUUGGCCCCCAAGGGAUUACGGGAGCACAGAGGUUCAAUUGCAGGAGUUCGCUCACCGGGCGUGCGGAAACAGACACACGAUGACUUGAUUUCCAACUUUGGGGAAACCCCUUCUGAUCCUAGAUCCACUGCAAUGACCAACCCUUCCUUUGGACAACAAGUUGUCAUCAAUUUUGCAAUAUCAUCAAAGCUGUGUCAAGAUAAAGGCUGGAUAAUAGAGAAAGGAAAACCGGAAGUCGAGCCACAGAAAGUUUAUGAAAACUGCAUUCAAAUCCUGCGAGAUUUCAUGAAGAAAAUAGAGACCGAUCAAAAGGAGGAUUCAGACAAAGGUCACGAUAAAGAGGUCCUAGUACGUUACUAUGGUGAUUAUAAAAAAGAAGUCCUCUUGAAGUACCGCAAAACCCCAGUGAAACCUCAAAUAAAUCCCAUCUUCAAGACAGGGAAACCUAAAAUACCUCCACUGCAUGAAGAACGCAAUCAAGGGAAGAAACUCCUACAAGCCACACAUCAGGAUGGGACCAGUGUUGUUUAUUAUCCCUCUGGCAGAUCAGCUGUAGUGUACUGCUCGGCUGGGGCGGAGCUUGGUCGCCCCGGUUACUAUUUGAUUGCCUAUGAUGAUACAAAUGAUCACAGGAUGCUCGCUUGUUUCACACCGGCAGGACGAGGAGUGUGUUAUUCCACAAAUGGAAAUAUUAGGUUUUUGUCAACAGAAAAAGGGGGGCAUUUAGCAGAGACAGAUGGUACAAUAGUGAGAAAGUGGAAAUGGCCUGUUAAUAAUGUUAAACUGACUACACCUAUCAAUAUUCAAUUGAAUGGUAACCUGGUGUUUCGAUGUAACAGCCAGCACUCUCUAUCCCUGAUGUUCAGUUGUCAGAAGGAGCUGGCCAGGUUCAGUGUUGGUCCUGUUCCAGGGGCUAUAGAAUCAAAACCGGGUGAUGAAAAUGAACAGCUUCUGAUGACCUUCACCUACACAUCCAAGGCAGCACGGGAUAUGAUGAGGCUGUUUGCGCCCAAACAUAAGCAGCGGUCUAAGAAAGCGGCCAGAAGGCAAAAGGGGCAUCUAGCAGAAAUACAGAAGCUGCUGGUGGACUUUCCUGACAAAGUCCAGUAUGAGCUGGAAUCGGACAAAGAACUGGCCAGGCUACAGAGGAAGGCUAGGAAUCUGGUGGAUGAUUGGCUGGAACAUUACCGCUUGGCUGUAGGUCUGAAAUCACCUCAUAUUUUGAAUGUUAGGGAUUCUCCAGACUUCUCAUCUCGAGCACGCAAUAUACAGUCUGCAAAAUUAGCAGAUGUUGGACAGGCAGCUAGACUCAAACAUUUAGGUCUAGAGACCCUAUUAGAUUUCAAGAAACAGAGGACCCCGUCAGCACCUAUAGACCCAGUAGUCAAUGAAAGCACUGUAUUUGUCAAUCAGUGCUCAGGUAUGAAGGACAGAUCAGAAACUUCAAAAUCACUGGACAUUGAAACUGGCAAGUCCAAGAAGAGUCAGAGGAGUGGAAAUCAGAGCGCGGUCAAGUUUGACGACAGUCCACAGGAAGAAGAGGGGGACGGGGAUAACGCCUCGCCCACCGCACUGGCCAUGUUUGAGAGACUCUCACAGUCAGCGGGUAAAAGAUCAGCUAGAAGCAAUGCCUCAGCUGCGUCCAGCGCUCCCUUGUCUCGCCAACACACUGCCACCUACAGAUCAGAAACCUCCCAAAACAUACAGACCGCCCGGAUCCCCUGUCCAAUUGCACUCCGCCAGAGGAUACUAGGAUUGGACCAGACGUCGUGUCGCUGUAGCCGCCAUUAUAUACCCCAGAUCAUGGACAUAGAGUAUAAUGAGUUUAUCCAGAUAGAGGCUCCCGAUGGUCAGCUGAUAGUCAUCUCGGUUGUUUCUUCACUGUUUCCCCACAGUAGUACCUCUGAUCAAAUGAUUGAAGAAAUUUACCUGUCUCAGAAUCGGAACCGGACUAAACCUUGUGUCCAGAGUCGGAUGGACAUGUUCCGGAUUCUCCAGUAUGAUAUCAACACAGCGUCUGAAGGGUCAAACCACACACAGCCUCUGUUACUAACCAGACACAAUGUGGUCCCGGGCAUGUUUUUGAUCUACUUGGCAGGGAAGCUUCUGUUUUGUGACCAUAUAUUUAACGGCUAUGGUAACGCCAGGAAGGACUUCAAGAAACAGCUGAUGAGGUCCAAGGUGGAGGCUUUACAGGGCUUCUCACUCCCUAAAGACUUCAGAUUUAGCCCCAGUCGAGGCCGGAGUGGAAUGAGGAGUGCCUGGGGCGGGGAGAUUGGUGGGACAGGAGUGGAUCACUAUGGAAACCCAGGCACAGCUUUCGAUUCGUCACUAAUUCCAUUAUCUAGGUCGCUUUCUUCACUCACUGAUGACAAAAAGGAAGCUCCUAUUGACUCUGUCAAGGAGAUUUACGUCAAAAUAGGACCAUUGCUUAAUAUGCAAUCUUUAAACAGAAAAAGAAGAGUUGAUACCUGUAUAGUCCCUAUUCUUUCCAUUCCUGGGGAAUUCCGAGAGUUAGAUCCUCGCAGAAACCUCUCCGCUCCUGGGAGAAGAUUGGUUCAAGGAUCGGUCACAUGAUAGACAUGUGACCCAUGCUAAAUAAACUUAGAUAUAUUUAUUUGUAAUUCAAGGUGUAAGCCAUGAUACUGAUGUGAUUUAACAAUUGAUGGGUGAUAAAAUUUAGAAAGCAUUUGUUUUGGAAAGCUGUGAUUGGUUAUUGUCUGAGUGUUGUGAACUCUUUGAUGUCUUUUUGAAAUGGAUUUUUUUUUUUGCCUAUAUGCAUUGCCUAAACUGUGAUAUGAGACGUUGUAGUCUUGAAAUGCAUUUAUUCUUUUAUUUGAUGUGGGUAAUUUAUUUAUCAUGCAUGGUUUUACUAAUUUUUAUAGUGAUACUCUAGGUGGUGAAGCACUUGUUAUGUAGUAUAGUGAUCAUGGGCCUUAUAAAGUUGUAAAUGGUUUGAGAAGUACGUAUUUAGUUGUAAUGCUCAGAAUUUACACUUGACAGCUUCCAGGUUGUUGUUUUCGGUUGUUUUUUUAAUAGAUUAGGAUUUUUUUAUCUUGUUGCUGGUGUAAGUCAAGGAGUGUGUCUGACAUAUCUCUUCUUUGCUAAUGAAUUGAGUUACAUUCAAAUCACUGGGGCAAACAUUUAUUCAAUGUCUGAUAUUUCAUGAGUGCCAAGAUCUGAAAUUCAAACCGUUUUAAUUGUGUGACUGUCAUGUAAUGGAAGGUAUGGCUGGCAUGUGUAUAUUAGGUUUAAAUGGGAGGAAUUUUUUUUUUUUUUUGAUAUCCUCUACUGAUAUUACUUGGUGCUGUAUGGUUUUUGUAUAUUGACUCGAUAACUAUGUUUCAUGCUUUUCAUUUGUUUACAGCAAACUUGUCUGUAAGAUUGUGAAACAUGACAAUUAAUCGCUGUCUAUUCCGGAGCUCUGUAAAUCAUCGUGCUGCCAAGCUUCAUUGUGCAAUGUCAAAAAUUAAGUCUACCUGUUUGUUGCCCUGUAAAGAAAAAGAAGUUUGUAAAGCAGUCACUUAGUUUCAAUAUUGUUAAGUGUUCUAUAUUUGUACCUCUGUGUAUGUAUAUGUCAAACGUUUAUAAUGUGAUAUAUGUUUAGCAUUAAUUCUCUCUUGGUGUUGCCCCGUUUUUCACAGGGAGGUCAUGACUUUAUACAGAACAUGAGGAACAUAAAUUUUACUACAGCAAGCCUAUUUUUCUACCAGUAUGUUUUUACAUGCCCAUCCACCCUUUGUGCCUUAGUCUCCUCAAUAAUGCAAAAUGAUCAUAAGUGCACAAACUUAAAUUUGCUAUCCCUCGAAGGUUUGCAUUUUCUGUUGUGAAAUUUUUUCUGAAUAUUUGUAUGAAGAAGAAAAACAACAUAUUUUUCAUUAAUAAAAAAAUUGUUGAUGUUUAUUAUUCUAGCAUUCAUUUCAUUUUUUAAAGAAUCAUAUACAUGUAAUACAUAUUUAUAUGUAAAAAUUAAAAUAAAUACCAGUAAAAUGGA